UGCACAGUGAUCUAGAAGUGACUGUAAAUAGGAAGAUUAUCAGAAAAAAAAAUCGUUUGUGUAUGUCUAAGAGAUCCUGCUCUAAGUCUGCAUCUGGUAUGGGUUUGAUAACACUACAGAGGGUUAUCUCUGUUAGUCCAUCUCAGGUUUUUAGGUAGGGGAGUGUCUGAUUAUAUAGUCUGUGAUAUCAGACAAAGAUGUUGUAUAAGGGAUUUUUUUUUUUUUGGUCUUUUUAAAAAAGUUUUUGUAACAUUAAGGGAGUAACUUGUGAGAACUCUUCGUGAUGCCUAAAACACAAAUAAAUAGCUCUCUCUUCCCUCUGUCCUUUCCUUUAGGAUCCCGUCUCCGCCAGGAGGACUUUCCACCGCGGAUUGUUGAGCAUCCUUCAGAUGUGAUAGUGUCUAAAGGAGAGCCAACUACUCUGAACUGCAAAGCAGAGGGAAGGCCGACCCCCACCAUCGAGUGGUACAAGGAUGGUGAGCGGGUGGAGACGGACAAGGAUGACCCGCGCUCCCACCGGAUGCUGCUGCCCAGCGGAUCUUUAUUUUUCUUACGCAUCGUGCACGGGCGCAGGAGUAAACCUGACGAGGGAAGCUACGUUUGCGUAGCAAGGAACUACCUUGGAGAAGCUGUGAGUCGCAAUGCAUCUCUGGAAGUGGCAUUGCUAAGGGAUGACUUCCGCCAAAACCCUACAGAUGUGGUGGUGGCAGCUGGAGAGCCUGCAAUCCUGGAGUGCCAGCCCCCUCGAGGGCACCCCGAGCCCACCAUCUACUGGAAGAAAGACAAAGUCCGUAUUGAUGACAGAGAGGAGAGGAUCAGUAUUCGUGGUGGGAAGCUGAUGAUCUCCAACACCAGAAAAAGUGAUGCAGGAAUGUACACCUGUGUGGGCACCAACAUGGUGGGGGAGCGUGACAGUGACCCUGCAGAGCUGACUGUCUUUGAGCGGCCCACGUUUCUCAGGAGACCGAUUAACCAAGUGGUGCUGGAGGAGGAGGCCGUGGAUUUCCGGUGCCAGGUGCAGGGGGAUCCCACACCCACAGUCCGGUGGAAGAAAGAUGAUGCAGACUUACCGAGAGGAAGGUAUGACAUCAAGGAUGACUACACACUGCGCAUUAAGAAAGCCAUGAGCACAGAUGAAGGGACCUACACCUGCAUCGCUGAGAAUCGAGUUGGGAAAGUGGAAGCCUCUGCUACACUCACUGUGAGAGCUCCCCCACAGUUUGUGGUGAGACCACGAGACCAGAUUGUAGCCCAGGGUCGAACUGUGACUUUUCCUUGUGAAACUAAAGGAAAUCCCCAGCCAGCUGUUUUCUGGCAAAAAGAAGGAAGUCAGAACCUACUCUUCCCAAACCAGCCUCUGCAGCCCAACAGCAGAUACUCCGUGUCACCAACCGGGGACCUCACCAUUACCAACAUCCAGAGGUCUGAUGCAGGCUACUACAUUUGUCAAGCACUGACGGUUGCUGGAAGCAUUUUAGCAAAGGCUCAGCUGGAGGUUACUGAUGUCUUGACAGAUCGGCCUCCGCCCAUCAUCCUCCAGGGCCCCGUCAACCAGACCCUGGCAGUGGAUGGCACAGCUCUGCUCAAGUGCAAGGCCACCGGCGACCCCCUCCCUGUCAUCAGCUGGCUCAAGGAAGGGUUCACCUUCCUGGGCCGGGACGCUCGCACAUCCAUACAGGACCAGGGCACGCUGCAGAUCAAAGCUCUGCGGCUGUCUGAUACUGGGACCUACACUUGCGUUGCUACAAGUUCCAGUGGGGAGACAUCCUGGAGUGCUGUGCUGGAGGUGACAGAAUCUGGUGGAGCAACAGUCAGUAAGAGUUAUGAUAUAAAUGACCUCCCUGGGCCACCAUCCAAACCUCAGGUUACUGAUGUUACUAAGAACAGUGUCACCCUGUCCUGGCAGCCAGGGACCCCUGGAAGCCUCCCAGCUAGUGCAUAUAUCAUUGAGGCUUUUAGUCAGUCUGUGAGCAACAGCUGGCAGACAGUGGCCAACCACGUGAAGAGCACCCUGUACACCGUGAGAGGCCUGCGCCCCAACACCAUCUACCUGUUCAUGGUCAGAGCCAUCAACUCACAGGGCCUGAGCGACCCCAGCCCCAUGUCUGACCCUGUCCGGACCCAAGAUAUCAGCCCCCCAGCACAAGGUGUGGAUCACAGGCAAGUCCAGAAGGAGCUGGGAGACGUCAUUGUACGGCUGCACAAUCCUGUUGUGCUGACACCCACGACAGUGCAAGUCACCUGGACGGUGGACCGCCAGUCCCAGUUCAUCCAGGGCUACCGCGUCCUGUAUCGCCAAACCUCUGGCCUGCCUGCCCCAGCUGUGUGGCAGAACCUGGAGGUCAAAGUCCCCACCGAGCGCAGCGCCGUCCUCGUCAGCCUGAAAAAGGGGGUCACUUAUGAAAUUAAGGUUCGCCCUUACUUCAAUGAAUUCCAAGGGAUGGACAGUGAAUCCAAGUCUGCUCGCACCACGGAGGAAGCUCCAAGUGCUCCUCCUCAGUCUGUCACUGUCCUGACAGUUGGAAAUCACAACAGCACAAGCAUCAGCAUCUCCUGGGAUCCUCCCCCUCCAGAUCACCAAAAUGGAGUCAUCCAGGAGUACAAGAUCUGGUGCCUAGGUAAUGAGACUCGAUUUCAUAUCAACAAAACAGUAGAUGCAGCCAUUCGGUCUGUAGUAAUAGGUGGCCUAUAUCCAGGUAUCCAGUACCGUGUGGAAGUUGCUGCAAGCACCAGUGCAGGUGUGGGAGUAAAAAGUGACCCACAGCCCAUAAUAAUUGGAGGUCGUAAUGAAGUUGUCAUCACUGAAAACAACAACAGCAUAACGGAGCAAAUCACUGAUGUGGUCAAGCAGCCUGCCUUUAUAGCUGGCAUUGGUGGUGCAUGUUGGGUCAUUCUCAUGGGUUUCAGCAUCUGGCUGUACUGGAGAAGAAAGAAGAGGAAGGGGCUCAGCAAUUAUGCUGUCACCUUCCAAAGAGGAGAUGGAGGACUAAUGAGCAAUGGAAGUCGACCAGGUCUGUUGAAUGCCAGUGACCCCAGUUACCCCUGGCUUGCAGACUCUUGGCCUGCCACAAGUCUGCCAGUAAAUAACAGCACUAGUGGACCCAAUGAUCUUGGGAAUUUUGGUCGUGGAGAUGUGCUGCCACCAGUGCCAGGGCAAGGAGAUAAAACUGCUACCAUGCUUUCCGAUGGAGCCAUUUACAGCAGCAUUGACUUCACCACCAAAACCAGUUACAACAGCUCCAGCCAAAUAACUCAGGCUACACCAUAUGCCACCACCCAGAUCCUGCAUUCCAACAGCAUCCACGAGCUGGCUGUCGAUUUGCCAGAUCCACAGUGGAAAAGCUCGAUUCAGCAAAAAAAUGACCUCAUGGGAUUUGGUUACUCUCUCCCAGACCAAGGCAAAGGCAACAAUGGUGGCAAAGGAGGGAAAAAGAAGAAAAACAAAAAUACUACCAAGCCCCAGAAAAACAAUGGUUCAACCUGGGCAAGUGUCCCCCUCCCACCCCCUCCUGUGCAGCCACUUCCAGGCACAGAGCUGGAGCACUAUGGGGUGGAUCAGCAAGAAGCAGGAUAUGACAGUGAUGGUUGGUGUCCACCUUUGCCAGUUCAGACCUACCUGCAUCAGGGCAUGGAGGAUGAGCUUGAAGAAGAUGAUGAUCGUGUCCCCACACCUCCUGUCCGGGGAGUAGCUUCAUCUCCUGCCAUCUCCUUUGGGCAGCAGUCGACUGCAACCCUCACGCCUUCCCCAAGAGAGGAGAUGCAGCCAAUGCUUCAAGCUCACCUUGAUGAGUUAACAAGGGCUUACCAGUUUGAUAUAGCAAAGCAGACAUGGCACAUCCAAAGCAAUACACAACCUCCUCAGGCUCCAGUUCCUCCUCUAGGAUAUGUAUCUGGAAACCUUAUUUCAGAUUUGGAAACAGAUGUUCCAGAUGACGAUGAUGAUGAGGAUGAUAUUGAAGAAGAAACUGUAGAAAUCAGUAGGCCACUAAGAGGUCUAGAGCAUACUCCAGGCUCCAGUAUGGACAAUCUAGACAGCUCUGUGACAGGCAAAGCAUAUUCUUCCUCUCAGAGACCUCGGCCAGGCAGUCCUUUUUCUACUGACAGCAAUACCAGUGCCGCUGUCAAUCAGGGUCAGAGGCCAAGGCCCACCAAAAAACACAAGGGCGGACGUUUGGAGCAGCCCCCUUUGCCUCAUCGCCGGGAGGGAAUCACAGACGAAGAGGCACUCGUACCAUAUAGUAAACCCAACUUCCCAUCCCCUGGUGGCCACAGCUCUUCAGGAACAUCUUCUUCGAAAGGAUCAACUGGACCUAGAAAAGGUGAAGUCUUGUGAGGAGGUCACCACGGCAAUGCCAGUGACCUUCUCGAGAUAGGCUAUGUGGGAGCAAACAGUCAAGGACAGUUUACUGGUCAAUUAUGUAAGUUUACCCCUAGCUCCAGGUAAAACUCUCAAAUAGAGAGUUUCUUUAAAAAAAAAAAAAAAAAAUCUGUUGUAAAGGGAAUAGGAAGUUGUGUGUGAUAAUCAGGCUAAGCUUUAUCCC